UAACUGUAGAGAAACGCUUUCGUGUCUGGUAGCUAGGUAUAGUAUGGCAGAGUUUUCUGCAGUAGUUGACCAUGUUUCAUCUGUCAUUGCGCGGUGUAUUGAGUGCGCUGGAAACGAAGAUAUAGCAGAUUUGGACUUUAUUUUGACCUUUCUUGUGUCUUCUUCCACUGAACUUGGAGAACUUCUCGAUGAAGUACUAGUCACUCGAGAGAGACAUGUAGAUGAGAAUGUUUUGACACGUUUACGGGACCUCCGCAUUUGUCUCAGCCAGUUAUAUGAAACUAAACUGUUUUUCCUGUAUCCUGAGUGGAGAGCAGGUCAAAAUGCUCAGAGAUAUGCGCUACACCUGGCAACAAGUAGCAGAUGUAUUGAUGGUUUCUAGAACAACAUUAUGGAGGCACUUAACUGAAAUGGAUAUUUCUACUUCCUGAACUACACUGAUAUUACUGAUACUGAACUUGAUGGUGUUAUGCAGUUGCUUGUCACUGAUUUCCCCAACAAUGGCAUUGUAAUGAUGUGGGGCCAGCUUCGAAGUAUGAAAAUAAAUGUGACCCGUCAAAAAGUACAUGAUUCCCUGACGAGGGUAUCACCGAAUUUCAUUAGACACCGCCGUUCACACACAAUAGCCCGCCGUGUGUA